AUGGCGGACGAAGAAGAGCAUCUUUGGCAAAUCUCUUCCUUUGUAUUCAAUUUUAUCUUUAAAGGACUGGUAGCUGUAGCUGUGCUAUUUACUGCAACAAUUUUGACCAAUUUUUUCAGUUACGAAAGGGAUAGCCAUAUAUCAAACUUAGUUGAUACAAAUUUUUGUCGAUCUUCGGAAUGCCUCCGAUGCUCUCACAAGUUAACAAAAUCGCCGUCGGAAACAGCUGAACUAUUGUUGACAAAACUGGACGAGUUUGCACGGGUAAAAUCGGACAAGGGUGAACUUGAUCGCCUGUACAAAGCAAUCGAAUACAACAGGGCACAAAAGAAGGGGAAUCAUUUCUCAUCUGCACAAAAACCCACAGUGUUUUACCUAUACGGGUUAUCUGGCAGACCUUGGCAUGACUGCCUCUCAGAUCAACUAACAACUUUGGUCUGCUCCGAGAACUUUGAAAUGAUACGGUCAGAAUUCAACCAAAUCCGAUUUAACGCAAGUGAUGAGGGAUGGGUAAAGAAUUCAACACCCGAAGGGGACUGGUUAGUAUAUCACUUGAUAAAUCAAGGGGAAAGAGUUGUUAACAACUGCAGGAAGUGCCCGCUAAGCGUAAAGAUCAUCGAAUCCGUAGAAUUGAUUAUAAAAGGUUGCUCAUUUGGUAAUGCAUUGUUUUCAGUUGUUCGAGCUGGAACACAUAUAACUGCUCACUACGGCCCGACAAAUUGCAGGAUAAGGUGUCAUUUGCCUCUUUAUGUUCCGAACAAUUGUCGCUUGUGUGUGAACGGCCAAGAAAGAAUGUGGAAUGAAAGAGAACUUUUGCUGUUUGACGAUUCUUUUCUACAUGAAGCGUGGCACAAAGGCGUGGACGGUGAAAGAGUUGUUCUCAUGGUAGACCUAUGGCAUCCAGAGAUCACAGCAGUGGAAAAGGAAGCACUUGCAUUCAUGUUCCCACCACGUUCACACGUUGUAGACAUACCAUAA